AUGGACGAGCCAUCGGGCCAACCACCCGAACCACGCGAGGAUCGUGGACCUCGCAUUCCUCCUGCCAAACUCUCAUCGAUCAAUCCCGAACCAACGAUCUCCCUCUUCUUCAAACCAACCAAAGACUCCUCCCUGGUCCUCCUUGAUGGCAAAUUCUCUCGAGAUGCCGCCAUGAUCUUCUGCGACCGCAUUCGUCACGACCUGAUGGACAACAACCGAAAAUCCUUCACUAUCGUUGGUGGUAGCUUGAACGGUCUCAAGGAGGUUUUGGCUUGGAUCAAUCAGUGCGUUGCCGAGCAGAACAUCAUCAAGUUCAAAGAUGUGAGUCCCUUCGGUUUCUUCUCCAGCACCGAGACUGAUACGCCCCUUAAGUUCGACGACAACGCACCCAACUUGUUCACUACCUACGCCAAUGUCAUCAUCUCUGCUCACUACCUGGGUAUUCCGCCGCGGGACCUCUCCGACCAUAUUGUCAAACGCAUGUCCGCCGUUGCUCGGAAACAACUCAUGAGUUGGGCUGAAGUCGAAUGGUUCUACACGACCCCUCUACUUGCGACACUUCCCGAUGAGAGAGAAAAUUCUGUCCGUGGAGUUGCUGGUGCUUCCGUGUUCUGGGCGUGGUGGAAUGGCAAGCUUGACGAGAACGAGACCCCUGAAGACAUGAUGAUGUUGAGCGUUUUGAGGCAGGAGAUCAGCCAGUUGGACAAGGAUCUGCAUGAGUGGUGUGAGAGAAACGAGGUUGAAGUGAGAAAGAAGUGGGAAGAGAAGGACAAACCCAAGAAGUCCGGGGUUCAUACAAAUGGCUAUUGUGGCGAAAAUGGUCAUGCCCUGGACGGAGCCAGUGGAGGAGGGGAUGGAGGUGGAUGGGAUGAACCAGCAACUGUGACUUCUGGAGGUACCAAUGGCUGGGACACCUUCAGCACCGAAGGACCCCUUGGCCCGCCCAAUUCAGUCGCAACCCAAGACUCCGGCGUCGACGUGGCAUUUGGUGGUAAGAACAGUGCUGCUUUGCCUCCUCUACAUGAGAUGGAUGGGAUCAACGGGGCCGGUGACUGGGCUGAAGAGGUCAGCGAGAUCACUCGGCUCAACAACCAGCAGUGGUAG